GAUUAGUUUUACGGUACACAAUAAGAAAGAGAGUAAAAGAUGGAUAACCCGAAAUUACAACGGUUUAUUCAAGUGGAACAACAGAAAGUUCAGUCACGGGCUCAUAUAGAGAUGCUAACAGAAAGAUGCUGGGACAAAUGUGUCGGCUAUCCAAGCAACAAACUAGACUCAAAAACAGAGAAUUGUGUUAGAGACUGUGUGUUCAGAUACAUAGAUUCAUCAAAUUAUGUAGCCAACAGACUUCGACUUACAGCAGAAAGAGUAUCACAAACACCUCAACCAUUCUCUUGAUAAAUGACAAUUUACAUGUACUAUCAUACACUGCCAAUGAGAAACUAUUCAGUAGUUUGACACAUCUAUUGAGUUUAGUGGAUUGAGUACAAAUUUAGUUAACAACUAUAUAAAGCUGGACUUGAAGUUUUGUACUCUUUGUUGCACAGCAUAUUUUGUUAAUAUCAUUUCAUACAUCAAGUGUAUGUAUAAUUUGAAUAAAUACUUUAAUUACA